AAAAUAAAAAGGCGAUGGGGGGUUGAAAGUCUAGACUGAAAACCCAUCAGCAGCAGCUUCGCGCUUCCACUGACUGGUGAACUGCGAAUGUAAUCAAAAUCGAAACGCAACUCCCAAAAUUCAAAAUUAACUACUUUGAAGUUCGAAGCGCUGCUUCUGCGAACUUUCGUCUUGCCUCUCUGCUCAACGCCAAUCUCUUCGCGACUCCGUCGUUUUACCUCCCCCGGCCCCCACUACCUCUGUCCUAAGGUCAAGUUCUCACAAAAAAAAAAAAGAAAAAAAAAGAAACGAAGCACAGAGCCAGAGAGAACUUUAAACUUUAUAGAAGAAGAGGAACAGGAAAAAGGACCAGGGACAGAGACCCCACCUCUGUCUGUGUGCUUGUGUCUGUUUUAUCAAACUGUCAGACGAGCCCAGCAGAAGGGAUUGCAUUCACUUCUGAAGCGGACCCAGAAUCUAUUUAAUGCUUAAUUAGUCACUAUCCAGGUUAGUUUGUGUUGGACUGAUCUUGCGUGCUGCUUCUAUGGCGCUGCUCUGAAACUUGUUGGGUUGGAUUGAACCCAGAUAACUUGGCGCAGAUUUUUCUGUACAGUGGAUUUGGUACCCUCCAAAAGCUUAAGCCUUUGACACAUUCUGGUGGGCCCUUUAGAGAUGGACCUUAUAUCUGACGAGGAAGCAACUUUAAGCUCAUCACAACCCACAAACACAAAGAAAGUGCAUCCUUUUGAUUUUGAGACAUUGCAUUUUAUGCAUCAUUCAAUUAUGUCCAAGUCAGGGAUCUCUAAGCAGAUAUGCAUCAGCCCUCUUAGAAGCAUAUGCAUUGUCUUGAUUAAAGCUAAGAUUAAUGUGCUGCUACCUUUUGGUCCAUUGGCCAUACUGCUACAUUACCUUACAGGAAAGCAUGGAUGGGUCUUCUUCUUCAGUUUGUUGGGCAUUAUUCCAUUAGCAGAGCGUUUGGGCUAUGCAACUGAGCAGCUUGCAUUUUACACUGGACCAACAGUUGGCGGCCUUUUAAGUGCGACAUUUGGCAAUGCAACAGAAAUGAUAAUCUCAAUAUAUGCAUUGAAACAUGGGAUGAUUAGGGUGGUUCAACAAACUUUACUUGGGUCAAUCUUGUCGAAUAUGCUUUUGGUGCUUGGGUGUGCCUUCUUUACAGGUGGGAUCAUUCAUUAUGAGAAAGUUCAGGAGUUCAAUAAGGCAACAUCCCUGGUUAACUCUGGAUUGUUGUUGAUGGCUGUUAUGGGUAUAACAUUUCCUGCUGUGCUUCACUUUACACACUCAGAGGUGCAUUUUGGGAAGUCGGAGUUAUCUCUUUCAAGAUUUAGCAGCUGUAUUAUGCUUGUGGCAUAUGCGGGCUACUUAUUUUUUCGUCUUAAGAGUCAACCAAAUCUUUACAGACUUGUUGAUGAGGAUAGAGGCAAUAAUGACAUAGACAAUAAUGACAUAGAUUCUGAAGAAGAAGAGCUUGCUGAGAUAACUAACUGGGAAGCAGUUGGCUGGCUUAUUAUCUUGACUCUUUGGGUCUCUGUACUGUCUGGAUAUCUUGUUGACGCCAUACAGGGAGCAUCUCACUCGUUGAACCUGCCUGUGGCUUUUAUUAGUGUCAUCCUGCUUCCACUUGUGGGAAAUGCUGCAGAGCAUGCAAGUGCAAUCAUGUUUGCCGUGAAAGACAAGCUUGACAGCACACUUGGAGUUGCAAUUGGGUCAUCUACUCAGAUAUCUAUGUUUGUGAUUCCCUUCUGCGUAGUUGUUGGUUGGUUUAUGGGGCAACCAAUGGAUUUAAAUUUUCAACUCUUUGAGACUGCCACACUCUUUAUAGCAGUAUUAGUGGUGGCAUUCAUGCUGCAGGAAGGGAAAUCAAACUACUUUAAAGGUUUGAUGCUUAUUUUGUGCUAUCUCAUAGUUGCAGCCAGCUUUUUUGUACAUGUUGAUCCUUCAAAUGAUGAUGAUGAUUAAACCUUGAAGAAUGGAGAUUCAGCAUCUCAGGAGCUUUUCAUCUUCUAAUGCUCGAGAUAGCGAUGCUAGACAGCUUAUAUGAAGCUAUUUCUUCUUCCUGGUACCUUGUGAAGUUGUUGCUGUACAUCACUUAACAAGGAACGGUCACCUUCCACGAUCAUGCGUUAGAACUUGUUUUUCUUUUGGGAUUUGGAAUGGAAAAGAGUUUCUUUUGCAGCACGGAGAAGCUGCUGUAUAAUCUCUAUUAAUCUUUGAGUUUAUUUUUGAGCAAUUUUUGCAUAAAA